CCGCACUCGCUACUUCCGGAAGUGGCUGCUUCUACAGCAUGCUGGCGGAGCUCGGCUUCAUCGGGACCAUCGGCGAGAAUGACGAGGUGCCGGUUGAGCCCGAGUCGGACUCCGGAGACGAGGAGGAGGAGGGACCCAUUGUGCUGGGCCGCAAGCAGAAAGCCUUGCAGAAGAACCGCAGUGCUGACUUCAACCCUGACUUUGUUUUCACUGAGAAGGAGGGCACGUACGAUGGCAGCUGGGCCCUGGCUGAUGUCAUGAGCCAGCUUAAGAAGAAGAGGGCAGCCACUACACUAGAUGAGAAGAUUGAGAAAGUCCGGAAGAGAAGGAAGGCAGAGGACAAGGAAGCCAAGUCUGGGAAGGUGGAGGAGAAAGAAGGCCAGGCAGACUCUGACCUGAAGGGGCAGGAGAAUCCGGGUGAGGAUGAGGCAGGCUCCAAGGAUGAAGACUCUGAGACUGACUACUCCUCUGAGGAUGAGGAGAUCCUCACCAAAGCAGACACACUCAAAGUGAAGGAGAAGAAGAAGAAGAAGGGCCAGGCAUCAGGAGGGUUCUUUGAAGAUGCAUCCGAGUAUGACAAAAGCCUGUCCUUCCAGGACAUGAACCUCUCCCGGCCCCUCCUGAAGGCCAUUACAACCAUGGGCUUCAAGCAGCCCACUCCAAUCCAGAAGGCGUGCAUCCCUGUGGGUCUGCUGGGGAAGGACAUCUGCGCCUGUGCAGCCACUGGGACAGGCAAAACUGCAGCCUUCGCACUGCCCGUCUUGGAGCGUCUGAUCUACAAGCCCCGCCAGGCUGCGGUCACUCGAGUGCUGGUGCUGGUCCCCACCAGAGAGCUGGGCAUCCAGGUGCACUCUGUCACCAAGCAGCUGGCCCAGUUCUGCAGCAUCACUACCUGCCUGGCUGUGGGUGGCCUGGAUGUGAAGUCUCAGGAAGCCGCUCUUCGGGCAGCACCAGACAUCCUCAUUGCCACACCCGGCCGGCUCAUCGACCACCUCCAUAACUGCCCCUCCUUCCACCUGAGCAGCAUUGAAGUGCUCAUCCUGGAUGAGGCAGACAGGAUGCUGGAUGAGUACUUCGAAGAGCAGAUGAAAGAGAUUAUCAGAAUGUGUUCCCACCACCGCCAGACCAUGCUCUUCUCAGCCACCAUGACAGAUGAGGUGAAAGAUCUGGCUUCAGUCUCCUUAAAGAAUCCUGUGCGGAUAUUUGUGAACAGCAACACAGAUGUCGCUCCCUUCCUGCGGCAAGAGUUCAUACGGAUCCGGCCUAACAGGGAAGGGGACCGGGAAGCCAUUGUGGCAGCUCUGCUGAUGAGAACCUUUACUGACCACGUGAUGCUGUUCACCCAGACCAAGAAGCAGGCCCAUCGCAUGCACAUCCUCCUGGGACUGCUGGGGCUGCAGGUGGGCGAGCUCCACGGCAACUUGUCACAGACCCAGCGCCUGGAGGCCCUCCGGCGCUUUAAGGAUGAACAGAUUGACAUCCUGGUGGCCACAGAUGUGGCAGCCCGUGGUCUUGACAUUGAAGGAGUGAAAACAGUGAUCAACUUCACCAUGCCCAACACUGUCAAACACUAUGUGCACCGGGUGGGGCGAACUGCCCGUGCUGGCAGGGCUGGGCGCUCAGUCUCCCUGGUGGGAGAAGAGGAGCGGAAGAUGCUGAAGGAGAUUGUGAAGUCUGCCAAGGCUCCAGUGAAGGCUCGGAUCCUUCCCCAGGAUGUUAUCCUCAAGUUCCGGGACAAGAUUGAGAAAUUGGAGAAAGAUGUGUAUGCAGUGCUGCAGCUGGAGGCAGCGGAAAAAGAGAUGCAGCAGUCGGAAGCCCAGAUCGACACAGCACAGCGACUCUUAGCCAAAGGGAAAGAGACAGCAGACCGGGAGCCUGAGAGGAGCUGGUUCCAGACCAAAGAAGAGAGGAAGAAGGAGAAGAUUGCUAAGGCUCUACAGGAGUUUGACUUGGCCUUAAGAGGAAAGAAGAAAAGGAAGAAGUUUAUGAAGGAUGCCAAGAAAAAGGGGGAGAUGACGGCAGAGGAGAGGUCCCAGUUUGAAAUCCUCAAGGCACAGAUGUUUGCAGAGCGGCUGGCCAAGAGGAACCGCAGAACCAAGCGAGCUCGGGCAAUGCCUGAGGACGAGCCUACAGCAGGCCCUGCCAAAAAGCAGAAGCAGCAGCAGAAGUCUGUGUUUGAUGAAGAACUCACCAACACAAGCAAGAAGGCCCUGAAACAGUAUCGGGCUGGCCCUUCCUUUGAAGAGAGGAAACAGUCAGGUCUGCCCCGCCAGAGGAGAGGGAACUUCAAAUCUAAGUCCAGGUACAAGAGAAAGAAGUAGUCUCAGUGGUGGGAAGAAGUUGGUGGGACAAUUUUAUAUCCCUUCCCUGUGGGAAGUCAUCUUGUCUUGGUCUGGUUUUGUUCCAUUUAUAAAACCCCAAACCUGGGGCUGGAGAGAUGGCUCAGUGGUUAAGAGCACCAACUGUUCUUCCAGAGAUCCUGAGUUGAAUUCCCAGCAACCACAUGGUGGCUCACAACCAUCUGUAAUGGGAUCUGAUGACCUCUUCUGAUAUGUCUGAAGACAGCUACAGUGUACUCACAUACAUAAAAUAAAUCUUUAAGAACA